CCCCGCCCCCAUAAGAGCAGUGGUGUCGUCCACUCCCCCGGAAAAGUCAGCCACGAACCGGCGAAAAGUGUUGGUUUUUUUCUUCUUCUGCUUAAAUAUCACUGAAAAUGUUUAUAUUUGAGUCUACAAUUCUACAAUAUUUGAAUGGACAAGGCAGCCACAAGGGCAAAGUGCGUGUGCAGAUGUGAGUGCACAGAUGGCUUACGAAGCAAACUGGAUUACCUGAGCACUGAGCUCAACGACUCCUCCUCCGUCUUCAAAAGGAUCUACAGACGCUCUUUCGAAUUCGCCAGGGAUAAAGACCAGAGGAAUGUAGACAUGGACAUGGCGAAAUGCAUGCUGACCUUGCUUCUGGGCAGAACGUGGACUCUCUUCCCAGUCUUCCUCCAGUUCUUGGAACUGUCCAAGUAUAAAGCCGUCAACAAGGACCAGGGGUACAAAGUGUUGGAGUUCAGCAGAACCAUCUGCACGGACCGGACAAAUUACGAUGAAGACGUAGCUUGUGAGUCAUCCCAGAGAUGCUCCGUGUUUUUAGAAAUGCAAAGAGUUUAAAAUUAUUAUUACUAAAUAGACUAUUUUAGUUAUAUAAUUUUUAUUGAAAUUUGUUUUGUUCAAUAUUUUUCCCAUUAUUAUUGGAGGGGGGGAGCAGCAGCCAGUCAAGUUCUACCGAUAGAUGACAUACUUUGAAACCUAAAAGUUGUCUUGUCGUGCUGCUAUUAUGAGAAGAAUUUCAUCAUUUAAAAAAUAAAAAAUCACAUACUCCAUUAGUUUAUUUUUUAUUUUUUUUUUUACAAUUAGCCACCAAGGGCUGCAACUAAAGAUUAUUUUACUAAUUGAUUUAUUUGUCCAUUAUUGUUUUGAUUAAGCAAUCCUUUUAUAGAUGGGAUGAACUCUUAGCCAAUCAUUUAUUCCUCAUUAGCAAUUUCCAUGCUCGUUUCACUGUCUUCUAGCUAUCGACACAAUGAGACAAAUGAGUCACUUUAUUUACUCCAGCGGAAAAUCAGCCUACUUCAUCUCCAAUGUUGUAAUCAUCUUUGCAGUUGUAUUGUGGUUACAGUAUUAAAAUAUUUAAAGCCCA